AUGUUCCUCAAGAAUAACCACUCUAAUUUCUUGGACCUUCAAAGGAAAGUCGGGGACAUUGCACGCCAAUUGCAAGAACGACCUCCUGGUCAAUUUACAGGAAACACAAAGCCGAACCUGUCUGGCCAUUUGAAGGCAAUUUCGACCCGUAGUGGUUGGAUUUUAGGAGAGGUAGUGAGACCCGAGAGUAUAGAGGUAGAGGAUGAGGAGCCCGUAGAUGAAGAGAUUGAGAUUGAGAUGGAGGCUCCCGAGAUCUUUAAGCAACUUAGGAUCAACCUUCCGUUCAUAGAAGCCCUUCAAUCCAUGCCUAAAUAUGCCAAAUUCUUAAAGGACCUUCUAAAGCGUAAUGAUAAGUUAGGAGAGGUCUCUAACAUUCCCCUAAGUGGAGGAUGUUCCGCCGUAAUUUUGAACAAGGUCCUAGAAAAAUUGACGGAUCUGGGCCUUUUCACCAUUCCAUGCUUGUUCGGGAGUGAUACCGAGUGUAGGGCCUUAACCGAUUUAGGAGCAAGUAUAAACCUCAUGCCAUAUUCCAUGUACAAGAGGUUAGGUCUAGGAGAGUUGUCCCCUACACGCAUGUCUUUGUCCUUAGCUGAUAGAUUAGUGAAGUAUCCACGUGGCAUAGUCGAAAACCUUCUAGUUAAAGUUGACAAGUUCGUCUUUCCCGUAGACUUUGUCGUGCUUGAUAUGGAAGCCGAUGAGAAAGUUCCUAUCAUUCUAGGACGCCCAUUCUUGUGCACCGUCAAGGCCAUCAUUGAUGUCUUUGACGGUAAGAUCACACUCCAAGUCGGUGAGGAGAGAGUCACUUUCGAGAUAGCACGUUCUAUGGAACAUCCUAGCGGUUCCGACAAUCAUAGUAGUCCUUGUCAUUCGGUCUACUUCAUAGAGUCUUUCUUAUCAUGUGUCGACCAUUGUUUUGACUAUAUUAGUGGAGCCGAUCUAGUAGAGGAUAGGGUAGAUAAGGUAGGCGAGGAAGUAGAGUUGAGUGAGGAAAAGGACGUGACCGAUUGGGUCCCCGAAGUGUUAGAGUUGAGUGAGGUGAAGAGCGAGAUCGAGAGUACACCUGUAGAGAAACCCGCCCCAUUAGAGCUUAAGGUUCUUCCAUCCCACUUAGAGUAUGCUUUCCUUGGUGAGGGAUCCGACUUUCCCAUCAUUAUUUCAUCUAAGUUAGAGGAGGGGGAAAAGGGUAGGUUAUUAGGGGUGUUGAGAGAAAAUAGGGAGGCCAUUGCAUAA